GAUAUACUAAUGAGAUUAUUUUCAUCUUAAGAUCAGUAAAAAUAUGAUAAAAUCAUUUUUCGUCGACUCCAUUUUUCCAUUCUUCGGAAUUUCCAAUGAAAUACCACUACAAUCCAUGGAAUUGAAGUAUAUUUCUGAUCCACUACGUGUUUCAACUUCAUUAAAGCAAUUUAGGAGUAUUGUUUCAACAAACGCUGCAUCAAUAUGGCCGCAAAUUCAACAUUGGUGGUAUAGUUGUUCUCCUGCAACCUUAUCAUCAAUUAUGUUUUCUAACAAAGUGUCAACUGAUCUACAGCCAAAACCUAAAUUCAAUGCUGAUACUGUUAAAAUUAUUCAACUCAUUGUAUCUUUAUUUGGAAUUGGAAUUAGUAUACGAUUAUUGUUUUAUUUAAUUGAAAAAAUUAAUCCAACUAUGAAAGAAAAACGAGAAUGUCGAAAACGUGCACAAGCAAUUUUCAAAGCUAUUGGAUUGAAAAAUGUUCCGAAAUUAAAUGACUAUGAAGUAUGUGUCGCUGUAAAUCUUGUUGAUCCAGGAGUUGUAAAUACAACUUGGGAUUCUAUCGGAGGUUUAGACUCUAUUAUCCAUGAACUUAAAUAUGGUGUACUUGAACCGUUACGAGCAAAACGCUUAUUAUCAAUAAAUUCAAAAUUACUGCAACCACCUAAAGGUGUAUUACUUUAUGGGCCACCUGGUUGUGGUAAAACACUGCUUGCUCGUGCUAUGGCGCAUGAUGCACAAGCUAAUUUUAUGAAUCUACAAAUAAGCACUCUUGUAAGUAUGUGGUAUGGUGAAACACAAAAGUAUGUAGAAGCUACAUUUAGUCUGGCUGAGAAAAUACAACCAACUAUUAUUUUUAUAGAUGAACUAGAUUCUUUUUUAACUACACGUUCUCACUUGGAUAACGAAGCUACGCGUAUGAUGAAAACUCAGUUUAUGGCCUUAUGGGAUGGGUUAUUGACAAAUAGUAAUACUCAAAUAGUAAUUGUAGGUGCAACAAACAGACCUGGAGAUCUAGAUCAAGCUAUAUUACGUCGUCUACCUUUGAAAAUAAAUGUUCCACUUCCUAAUGUAAAUCAAAGAAAACACAUCUUAAAAGUGCUCCUUAAGGAUGACCCAGUAGCUGAAGCUCUCACUGAGGAUGAUUUUACACAAAUUGCUAAUAAAACUGAAGGACUUUCUGGAAGUGAUCUGUCUGAAUUAUGUCGUAAAGCAGCAUUUGGAUGUUUAUGGUCUUUUCUUGAAGGCGAUAAUGUUUUUCUCAGGCAGGAUGAUUUGCUGGUGACUGUAGACCACUUUACACAAGCUCUGCAUAAAUAUAUGAUCGAUAAAAUUAAACUUGUGCCGUUGGAUAACCUCUUUCCUCUCGACUGAAUUUGUCAGCUAUAAUACAGUAUAACUUACCGAAUAUUAUUAUUACUAUAAUUCACUCUGGUAUAUUAUGAGAAUAUUUAUUGUUUCAAAAUCUCAAACCCCGGAAAAUUUCGACAUUUCCGCUUCUUUUGUAUGUGUUUGGUUCUCUCUGUAACCGUUUGAAUGUCAUCCAGUGAUUGACUGGAUAAAGUUAUUAUUUUGCUUAAAUUCUUUUUAAUUUGUUGCUUGAUCGAAUACGUUCCUAUGCAUGUACAAAAAUAAAUUGUGAAAAGUAAAAAUGACAAGUCACCAAUUUUCGUAUUCAAAUAUAGAAAUUAUUGAUCACUUUUGAAGAUGAAUAAAUUACUCGGAA